ACUCGGCCCACAAUUUUUCUUUUUUUUUGAGGGGAAAUUUUUGUUAAUAUCUAACAAUUUUUUUUUCUUUUUCCAGAAGAUGAAACAAAAAGUAACAAGGAAGAGUGAGCGUAAAGUUCUUAAUUUUUUUUUUUUUCUUAAUUUGUUAUUUUUAUCUUCAUUCAAUUUUUUUUUUCAAAAAAAAAAAAGAAAAAGAAAGAAAGAACGCCUCCUUCGACGUCCUAAUCUUUCUCUCUCUGUAUCUUCUUCACAACCCCUUCUUUCUCUCUCUUAAAACACCAAACUAUAUAGAGAAAAAACUCAAGAAAAAUCACUCUUUUAUUUUUCUAAAUCACUCUUUUUUACACAAUUUCUAUUAAAAAUUUGUUCUUUUUUAUGUUUCUGUAAAAACCCUUAAAUUUAAUCUUUAUUUUACUAUUCUAUUCCAUUGGAGAAGAUUGAAGAUAAUCAGCCAUUGAAGGGGAAUGCAAUUAUGGGUUAUGGUAAUUCAAGGUUUUGGAGCCACAGAAGAGAGUUUUUAGUCUCUGGGUAUUGCCCUUCUGGUUGACCUUGCUGUUGGGAACAUGUUAAAUAAAGGACAUAUGGCUCUUGAGAAACGCAUCCCUGCUAGUAGUCAGACUGUUAAUGUGAAACCUUUGAGUUUCCCUCUUAAGGUCCGGGAAAAAGCUGUUCUUGUGGAUCCAGAGAUGAACGUUGACAUGGAGGCUGAUGUUGAUGUUGAUCACAGAGAAGUUUAUUUCCUCAUUAUGCAUUUCUUGUCCAGUGGGCCAUGUCAAAGAACUUGUGGACAAUUUUGGAAUGAGCUUCUUGAGCAUGACCUACUACCAAGAAGAUACCAUGCUUGGUAUUCAAGGAGUAGGGUGCCUAGUGGUGAUGAGAAUGAUGAUGGCUUGUCAUUUCCACUGAGUUACAAUAAAGUAGUGGAGCGGCAUGCUCAUAUCGGAAAGGAUCACUUACUAAAGCUUAUGAAACAGCUAUUACUUAGUAAAGCUAAACUACCACAUAGCAUAGCUGCUAGAGGUGUACCUAAUGCAGCUGAUGUUCCCACACUUCUGGGAACAGGAUCCUUUUCACUCUUGGGCAACGAUGGGAACAAAGGAGACAAUGAAGUUAAACCUCCGCCUAUUCACAUGCGUUGGCCUCAUUUGCAAGCUGAUCAGGUUCGCGGGCUGAGGUUGAGAGAAAUUGGUGGUGGUUUUGCGAGACACCACCGAGCACCAUCUACCCGUGCAGCCUGCUAUACUAUUGCAAAACCGUCAACGAUGGUGCAAAAGAUGCAGAAUAUUAAGAAGCUAAGGGGACACCGGAGUGCUGUUUAUUGUGCUGUAUUUGAUCGAUCGGGGAGAUUUGUCAUUACUGGAUCAGAUGACCGCCUUGUGAAAAUUUGGUCCAUGGAAACUGCCUAUUGCUUGGCUAGCUGCCGUGGGCACGAAGGUGACAUAACCGACUUGGCUGUGAGUUCCAACAAUUCUUUGGUGGCUUCUUCUUCAAACGACUGUGUAAUUAGAAUUUGGCGUUUGCCAGAUGGGCAGCCAAUUUCAGUUCUGCGUGGGCAUACAGGAGCAGUUACUGCCAUUGCUUUUAGUCCAAGACCUAGUGCUGUAUACCAGAUUCUCUCGUCAGCUGAUGAUGGAACAUGUAGAUUAUGGGAUGCAAGGUACUCCCAGUUCAAGCCACGGAUCUAUCUUCCUAGAUCUCCUGAUUCUGCUGCAGGAAAGAGCAUCACCGCUUCUUCUACUGCUGGGGAACAGAGUCAUCAGAUCUUUUGCUGUGCAUUCAAUGCCAGCGGCACUGUCUUUGUCACCGGGAGCUCAGAUAAUUUUGCUAGGGUCUGGAAUGCUUGUAAAUCUGGUGCCGAUGAUUCAGAACAACCUAUCCAUGAGAUGGAUGUUCUGUCUGGCCAUGAAAAUGACGUUAACUAUGUGCAGUUCAGUGGCUGUGCUGUGGCUUCUCGAUUCUCUGCCGCUGAUGCAGCCAAGGAGGAAAAUUUUCCCAAAUUUAAAAACUCAUGGUUUGCUCAUGAUAACAUAGUUACCUGUUCCCGUGAUGGAAGUGCAAUCAUCUGGAUUCCGAGGUCACGUAAAUCACAUGGGAGAUCUGGACGUUGGACUCGGGCAUAUCAUCUCAAGGUUCCUCCUCCUCCCAUGCCCCCGCAGCCCUUACGAGGGGGCCCAAGGCAGAGAGUUUUACCUACACCUCGUGGUGUUAAUAUGAUUGUUUGGAGCCUAGAUAAUCGGUUUGUCCUUGCUGCUAUUAUGGAUUGCAGAAUAUGCGUAUGGAAUGCUGCUGAUGGAAGCUUGGUUCAUUCUUUGACGGGUCAUACGGAGUCUACAUAUGUCCUGGAUGUUCAUCCUUUCAACCCUCGCAUAGCUAUGAGUGCUGGCUACGAUGGGAAAACCAUAAUCUGGGAUAUUUGGGAAGGAAAGCCCAUUCGUACUUAUGAAAUUGGCCGCUUUAAACUGGUUGAUGGAAAGUUUUCAUCGGACGGGACCUCUAUUAUACUCUCAGAUGAUGUUGGUCAACUUUAUAUCUUGAGCACUGGCCAAGGUGAGUCCCAAAAGGAUGCAAAGUAUGAUCAGUUCUUUCUCGGGGAUUAUCGGCCACUUAUCCGGGAUACCCAUGGGAAUGUUGUUGAUCAGGAAACCCAGCUGCCACCUUACAGAAGAAACAUGCAAGAUCUUCUUUGUGAUUCAAGCAUGAUUCCAUACCCGGAACCCUACCAGAGCAUGUAUCAGCAAAGACGUCUUGGAACUCUGGGCAUCGAAUGGCGUCCAUCUUCUGUAAGGUUUGCUGUGGGUCCAGACUUCACUUCUGACCAAGACCAUAUUCUACCCCUGCCAGACUUGGAUGAAUUUAUUGAUCCACUGCCGGAGUUUGUAGAUGCCAUGGAGUGGGAACCAGAAGUAGAAGUAAUUAGUGAUGAUGCUGACUCUGAGUUCAAUGUUGCGGAUUCCAUUGGUGGUGACGGAGAACAUGUUAGCUCAACAUCUUCCGAUGAUUCAGAAUGCGGGGAAGAAGACAGCGAUCCCGAAUGCAGUCAUAGAGAUAGUGUUCGCAGAUCAAGGAGGAGAAAGAAAAAGAGAGAAACAGAGAUAACUACUUCUUCAGGGAGGCGUGUUAAGAGAAGAAAUUUCGAUGAGUGUGAUGAUAGUUCGCACAGAAUUGUUGAAAACAGGAAAGCAAGAAAUGGGCGAAAAUGGUCAAAGAAGAAGUCUUCGAAAGCUUCAAGACCUCAGAGAGCUGCUGCUCGUAAUGCUCUUACCUUAUUUUCCAAAAUCAAAGGUUGUGCUCCAGAUCAAGAUGAAUACAAUUCAGAAGGUGAUUCAUCAGGAAGUGAAUCCAUGCUUGAAGAUUCUAACUUCGAGGAUGAAGAAUCUGAUAAGGUUGUUCCAGAUGAGCGGGCAAAGAAUCUGAAAGGAAAAGAAGUAAUUGUUGAUGAAUCAGAGGAUGUACCUAGUUCUGAAGAGUUCCCUGCAUCUCGUGAGGAUGCAUGGAACAGAAAAAGACUAGUUCUGAAAUUUCCAGUUCGCGAUUCAAAUAGAGGUUUAUUUUCAGGUAACCCAAUCCCAACCUCCGGAAAUCUGACAGAUUUGGUAGGCUCUUCAUCUUCAACAUCAGGUGGUCCUGUAGAAGUUGAUGGAAAAGAUUUAAUGCAGCUGGAUGUAAAUAAGUUAUAUGGCAAUGCAAACCUCCGUGAUGGGUAUGAUAGAUUGGGUUGGCUUGGUGGAUAUGGAAACGGUUCUAUGAAAUGGGGAGGGGUCAGGGCUCGUACUAAUAAGCGAAUUAAGUUAAGUGAAGUCCCUCCGUUGAAUGCUUCUGGGUCUAGCUCUUUCAGUGACAAUGCAGAUUCAAAGUCUUUAAUUGAAGAGAGAGAUGUUAAUGGCACAUUGCAGGAAACUAGUCAGUUUGGUCAUGAGCAUUUAGGCAAUACAGAUGGAUUAACUGAUGCGAAAAAAGUAGAGCUAUCUGAUUCAAAUAAAUCCCUGGUCUCUAAUGGAGUGCAGGAUGAAGUCCAUGUAGCUACUGAAAAUGGAGCUCCGUGCUUGAAGAGUCGUGAUGACAACAAUGGGUCAACAUGGUUGAGAAAUGCUACGGAGAAGACUCUGUCUGAACCAAACAAUUCUUCUGCUAUAAAAUCUACGCCGGGUGAAAGAAAUAGGAUGUCUUUGUUGGAGCAAAGAUCUGAUGCUGAAGAGCUUGAGAAGGAAAACCAUCAACAUAAAGCUGGUCUUGAUGGUGGAGAUUGUAAUGGAGCACCAAAAAUGGUCGGAGUAGAAGAACACGCUAUCUCUCUAUUACUAAAUUCACAGGCUCCACAUUCACAGAAAAAAGAUAGGAUGUACAGUGCUGUGUAUAGAAGAUCAAGGUCAUUUAAGGCAGCUAGGACACCUUCAGAUGGCAAUGGUGCUCAUAUUGGUGAAAAUACCUCAAGUACUAGCUGUCAGAGUCUGAAUCGAAAUGUUGAUACAAAUGGAACUAUGGUUGAUGGCAUUAACCAGUCCCAUUCUGUGGAGCUUAGGGACACAACUGAAGAGCUUGUUAACCAUGAGAGAUCGGUGGAGAGGUCAAGAAGGACCGAGAAUUCUUCAUUGAACAAGGUUGCUCGACGUCCUCGAGAAGAGUGGGGAUCUAGCAUGACUGUGGGACUGAGGUCUACGAGAAAUAGGAGAAUUAAUUUCGUUCGUGAUGCUAGUCCAGUAGAUAGGAGGAGGUCAGGUCAGUCUCUAAGAAAGAUUUCCUGGCUGAUGCUUUCUGUGCCCGAUUGUUCUCGAUACAUUCCUCAGCAUGGAGAUGAAGUUGUUUAUUUGAGACAGGGGCAUGAAGAAUAUAUAUCAUGCAAUAACUCUUCUAUGAGGAGACCUUGGGAACAUUUGAAAGGAGAGGUCAGAGCUGUGGAGCUCUGCAAAGUUGUAGAGCUAGAGUAUUCCAUUGUUCCAGGAUCUGGAGAAAGUUGCUGUAAAAUGAUACUUGAAUUUAUAGACCCAGAUUCUAGUGUAUUUGGUAAAAUAUUCAAGCUGACCUUGCCAGAAGUUUCAGAUUUUCCAGACUUUCUUGUUGAGAGAAUGAGGUACGAGACUGCUAUUGAGAGAAAAUGGACUAAGAGGGACAAAUGUCAGGUCUGGUGGAGAAACGAAGGUGAUGCAGAUGGUAGUUGGUGGGAAGGUCGAAUCAAUGAUGUGAAGGCCAAAUCCCCCGAGUUUCCUGAUAGUCCAUGGGAAAUAUAUGAGAUUCGGUAUAGAAGUGAUCCUACUGAAACUCAUCACCACAGUCCUUGGGAACUCCAUGAUGCUAACGACACACAGUGGGAGCAGCCCCAUCUUGAUGACCACACCACGAAAAUACUGCUGUCUUCUCUUUCUAAAUUAAUGCAGUCUCGUAAUAGAGCUCAGGAUAUUUAUGGGGUUCAGAAAUUGCAACAGGUUUCAAUGAAGUCAAAUUUCUUGAAUAGGUUUCCAGUGCCAUUAUCUUUGGAAGUAAUCCAGUCGAGGCUAGAGAAUAAUUAUUACCGAAGCUUGGACGCAGUGAAGCAUGAUAUAAAUAUUAUGCUGUCGAAUGCUGAGUCUUUCUUCGGAAAAAAUGCAGAGCUUUCUAGGAAGAUUGAACGGUUAUCAGAUUGGUUCGCAAAGAAGUUAUCGACAUUGUAGCAUUAGGGAUCUCUCCUAAAACAAUUUUGUAGAGGAAUUUUAUCAGCUAAUCAAUCCUUGUCUUCUGUUUUCAUUGUAAAUAUUUAGCUAUUCAUCAUAAUCUCAACUAGGUGACCCCAAUAAAGAAUAUAGUUUCUUGUGUGGGGAAUUCUUUUAGCAAGUAGGAAUUAGGAAAGAGGGUAGUUUGCAUUAACCUUAAAAUCUUUGUAUAUAUACACUAUAACUUCUCUAUUGGGGAAAGAGAAAAUGAUUUUUCCUGUUUUUCCGGCUCAA